AAUAAAGAAAUAACGCUUUUAGAAGUGUGUAUCGUAUGAAUUAUUUUUUUUAUAUAUAUUCAUAUCUAGUUAAAGUGAAAACAAGAUAACGUUUUUUGUAAUUUCUUUUUUUAAUGAAAUAAUUCUCAACAGUAAUGGUUGGGAAAUUUUCGAAAAGCGCAAGAUUUAAAAAAAAGAACAGAAUUGCGGUCGCUGUAAGGAUCCGCCCAAUCAGUCAUGUGGAGGUCUCCAUGGGAUGUGCAGAAAUCAUCAGUGCAAUUGAGAAUAACAUGGUGUGCAUGCUCGAUCCGUCUGAUAACGAAUACGAUAUACUUCGCGUAAAUCGAUCACGCGAAAAGACGUUCGUUUUCGACCAUGUGUUUGGCCCCUAUUCUUCUCAGGGUCAAGUAUAUAAUCAAACGACAAAAGCUUUAGUUGAAUCUGUGUUAGAUGGUUACAAUGCCACUAUUUUUGCUUACGGGCCAACUGGAGCUGGCAAAACAUAUACAAUGGUUGGAACAGAUGUUGAACCUGGUAUAAUGGUUCUCACGUUAAAUUAUCUUUAUCAAGAAAUGCAUCGAACACGUCAUGACCAGAAAUAUAGUGUCAAAAUGUCGUAUUUGGAGAUCUACAACGAGAUGGUACGCGAUCUUUUAAAUCCAACCUCAGAUUUUCUUGAUGUACGAGAAGACACAAAGGGCGUACAAGUAGCCGGUCUCACUGAAUAUGAAGCUCUCACAACAUCAGAAAUCAUGGAGUUAUUGUCACGUGGUAAUAAAGAGCGCAUGUGCGAACCAACCGCUGUCAAUGAAACAUCGUCAAGAUCUCAUGCUAUCUUGCAAGUAACUGUUGAACAAAGAAGCCGAGUGCGCGACAUUACGGAUGAAGUAAAAAUCGCGAAACUUUUCAUGAUCGAUUUAGCCGGCUCCGAAAGAGCAUCGCAAACCCAGAACAAAGGGAAAAGACUUAUCGAAGGAGCACACAUUAAUCGUUCAUUACUUGCGCUUGGAAAUUGCAUCAACGCUUUAACCGAGAAAGGCGGGAAAAGUUCUUAUGUGAAUUACAGAGACAGCAAGUUGACUAGACUUUUGAAGGAUUCGCUGGGCGGGAACUGUAAAACUGUCAUGAUAGCUCACGUUAGUCCAGCUAGUCUUAGCUUUGAAGAGUCAAGAAAUACGCUGGCGUAUGCUGACCGUGCAAAAAGUAUAAAAGUGAAAGCUAAACGAAACCAGUACAGCGUGAACUACCAUGUCGCACAGUAUCAAAACAUUAUAUCCGAUUUGCGUCAGGAGAUAAUUCUACUAAAAACCCAACUGGUGGAAGCUGAUUCGAUAAAUCGUAGCAGUGCGAGAACAGUUGUCAACAGAACGAAAAGUGCGAAUGUGAUGGAAAAAUUAAAAGAAGAAUUAAAAGUUACUUUUCAAGAACAGUUGGAAUUAAGGAAAGAAAUAAUCGAUUUAGAAGACACUGCGCUUCAGUACAGCGUGGAAUAUCAGAGACAUCUUUUGACUAUAGAAGAGUGGGAGCAAGAAGAAUCUAGAAGGCGUGUACGCGAGACUGGUAAAAUGAAAACAACCAAUCAAAUUAUUAAAGAGAAUUUUCGCGCGAAACAUGCAAGUCCAUUUCGGCGCCAUGAACAAUUUGUUGAUAAGAAUAAUAAAAACAUUUCGGAGCCUGCCGAUGUUACUGCAGCGCGAGACGAAAUACUAACAAUAAAACAACGGCUUGAAGAAAUUGAAGAUGAAAAAACAAAUUUAGCUGAAAAACUUGACGAACAAAAGAAGGAGAAAGAAUAUCUUGAAGAGUCCUUUCAAAAUAAAAUAUCAAAUGAAGACCGGCGUGAAAUCUUAGAAGCGUUAUGUAAAAUACACGACUUUCAAAUUCGAAAUGUGGAGCUCGAGUCUGUAGCGUUGAUGAGAGAAUAUUUACUUCAGCAUAAGGAUUUGACAACACAGAGAAAAGAACUGCGAAAUAAUGUAGUGCAUGAUAUUGUGGAGUUACAAAGAGACAUUAUACAAGGUAAUAAUUUGAAGUACCCAUUUGAUUUGGAAUCACUUUAUCAAAUGUAUAAAGAACAGGUUAAACAAGAUGUUCCAAUGGCUGGUCUGGCGAUUGAUGUCAAACGAAUCGGAACACAAGUACCAGCUCUCCCUCCGUUGGUUACACGUGUGGAUGAAACUAAGUUGUCACCAAAUACAUCGCCGUAUCCAGGGAAGAAGAAUUUGAAAGUUAAAAAGAAAUGGACAGAUAGCAAUUUCUCAGAUCAAGAAAGUGUCACAAGUUCAAAGUUUAAUUUGACUAGAAAUCCUUUUCCAGUAAACUCAUAUAACGAUAAAUCAAGCGACACACUAAGUAAUAACGCCGGUAGGUAUCCCCGACGUCGUGGCACGUUUGUUUAUAAAGACGGCGCGUCGCUCAUUUAUGAACAUUCGACGCAAUCAAGUCAAACAAAGGGAUCUGACUCAAAAUAUACAACACCGCGACUCCAAACAUUACAAAAUUCGGAUAUGUAUAUUCAGCCGAACUUACCAAAGCAUAUACUAUCUUUAAACCGAGAAAACGAUACGCAUAGUACUUCGUCAAUCCAAACUGUCAGCGUCAAAGUAAACAACGACGUCACGAUGGAUGACAGAACUGAAAGAAAAAGAUCAGCUUCGGCGGAAUUGAUACGUGCAAAGGCAUUAAUAGGUAGGAAGGUUGACUCGCAGUUGACACACAGAAGAAAAGCAAAAACCUACAAUAAAACUUCAAAACAAACAAAACCAAUGUGGAACAGCAAUUUCAACACGAAAGUUAACCGAAGUGAGCUAUAUGCUAGCGGUUUGGAAACCAUCUCCAACAAUUAUGGAAAAGCAAUGCGACAAAACAAAGGUUUGGAAAGGUUGACGGAUGUGAAACAUUUCCCAACAAAUUCACCAAGACAACAAAUAGUGACUCUCAAAACUACGGUACCGAAACAGAAAGUUGUCAGGCGGAACGACAACAGUAACUUUGUAAAAACAUCAAAUGAUAAUUUAACAAUAAGUGGAACUUCAUUUGUUCCCAGACCCUAUCAACCCGGUUUUGGAAGGUUAUAAUAUUAAUUUUCAAAUAACUUGAAGUUUUAGAUAUAAGAGAAUACCAUCGAAGCAUGGAGGUAUAUUUAUAUCUCAGUGAUCGACCUAAAAGCAUUUCAACUGCACCAGUUUUAUAUACCUUAUCAGUUUAAAUUUCGUUGAUCCAAAUGAUCCAAGUGAAAUAUUGAGGUAACGAAAACUACGGAUGCCGAAUAAUUAGGGCGGCAAACGUUUAGACCGACAAGGUAUCCAUAGAUGUUUUUAUUAUUUAAAGUCAUUCCAUGGUAAUUUCAACCUCGUAUCCAGGCAUCCUUGAUCUCUUAGGACGGAAGCUAUAUAAACCCCUUAUCUUAAUUUGCCAUCUUGCCGUUUGUCUAUUAGAAAGGUAUAGCACUGGGAACGAGGUUGGUAAUUAAUGCAUAUAAGGAAUUUUAAUAGAAUGUAAAUAGUUUCAUAGAAUUUUAUAAAGUUGACUUUUAAAAAAAUAUUUCCUAAUGUGCA